AUGAGGGCGACAAGUUACAAUAUGGUUUUAAGGUUUACCCACUAUCCAAGGUGCACCCUUUUCGAAAACAGCGGAAGCACUUUGGGUCAUGAGGGCUUGACAUGGGCGAGAACCCUUUUCAGUCUGCACGUCGGCGGUCAAUAUUUUUUGGCCUUGUUUUAUCUUUGUGUCGGCAGAUAUGGCAGCAUCGAAGGAGUUGUGCACUGCUUGGGUGAAACUCGAUAUUGGUUGUCACGUUUUGGUUACCAGGAAUCCGGGAAGCGCCAUGAUCCGGCAUCGGGGUGUGAUUUGUUUCGUUUCUUCCGCGUCAGUAGCAGGGACGCUUCUUUGGGAUUGCAUGAGGGGCGUGUCGAUUGA